CCUCGGGUGCGGCUCGCGAUUGGCUGGCGUCGGGCUCGUCGUCGGUCCGGCUUGCGCGGGCGAGGCCUUAGGCGGCGGCGGCGGCAGCAGCAUGAGGUGAGACCGCAGACAUGGACUUCUCCCGGCUGCACCUGUACACACCUCCUCAGUGCGUUCCCGAGAACACAGGCUACACCUACGCACUCAGUUCAAGUUAUUCCUCUGAUGCUCUGGACUUUGAGACCCAGCACAAACUGGACCCCGUGUUUGACUCCCCAAGGAUGUCCCGCCGCAGCCUGCGACUGGCGACCUCAGCGUGCGCCUCCGGGGACAGCCAGGCUGGAGAUGCAGCCGCUCAUGCCAGCAGCUCUGCUUCCCUCAGGGACAGAGCAGCCAGGACGGCAAAGCAGUUCAGGAGUAUGAACAAAGAGACGUUCAGUCUGAACCACAUCUCUAGGAAGGUGGUGUACUCUGUCAGCCAGACGGGCUCCAGUGGACGGCAUGGCAGGGCGAGUGUGUGUCCUCCUGUGCUGGACGAGUCUCUGAUCCGUGAGCAGACCAAAGUGGACCACUUCUGGGGUCUUGAUGAUGAUGGAGACCUUAAAGGUGGGAAUAAAGCUGCCUCUCAUGGAAAUGGUGACCUGGCGGCAGGGGCAACCACAGCCCAGAGCAACGGCUAUACCUGUAGGGACUGCAGCCUGCUGUCUGAGCGCAGAGACACACUUACAGCUCGCUCCCUGGCUCUCGGGCCCAUCUCCAGGGUCUACUCCAGGGACAGGGGUCAGAAACGCGGCGUGUCUUUCUGCGUGGACAGGAUGCUGUGGCUGACCAAGUAUGCCUCAUCAGUUCUCCCGUCACUCUUAGCUCAGCUCUUUCGAGUGGUUUUGAUGAAGCUCACUUACGAUUCAGACAAUGACAAAUUGAAAACGUAUGAAUCAGAGUGGUUUAAGUCAAAAAGCCAUGAAUCAAAAGCUGGAUCCGGUCACUGUGGGAGAAUGAAUGUGGCAGAGUCUGUCGGGGAGCAGAGCCACCUCAGUGGGAAUGGGCAGUCUCUGUGCGAUGACUGCAAGGGGGAGACGCGGCGGGAGACACGCUGGGCUGUCCACAGGCUGCUGUCCUGGCCGAGCCACACAAUGGGGGCUCUAGGCUGUGCCCUCUCCCGCACAGGUCACCUCUUGCUGCAGACGCUGCAGAGAACAGGAGCCACAGGCUGGUCCGUGUCCAGGACGGUGCUGGCGGUGCUCUGGCUGGCCCUGGUGGCUCCAGGGAAGGCAGCCUCUGGGAUCUUCUGGUGGCUAGGAAUUGGAUGGUACCAGUUUGUCACUUUGAUUUCUUGGCUGAAUGUGUUUCUUCUUACAAGGUGCCUUCGUAACCUCUGCAGGGUCCUGAUCCUGCUCUUCCCGCUGCUGCUAUUAAUAGGUGUAGGCCUGUCCCUGUGGGGCCACAGCGGCAUCCUCCCCUUCAUGCCAGUGCUGGACUGGACAGGUGGACAGCAAGUGUGGAGCAGCGAGGACCCUGGGAAGGUGUUCAUGCCUGACUCUUCUCCAGAGGACGGCGCUGGGGUAUCUGGCUGGCAGCGGGUGAGCGAUCUGGAGCGACAGGUCACGUCUCUGGGCAGCCAGUGCCACAGUCACGGGCAGCAGCUGCAGGAGCUGGCAGCACAGCUGCGGGAGCUGCAGAAGCUGCAGGUGGAGCAGAAGGAUGGCCUUUCCCUGGGCCCGCAUGUCAGGGGCACCGUCAGCCACGGGCUGGACCCCCAGGUGGACUUUAUGACUUUCCACCAAGAACAUGGAGUCCGCAUCUCAAACUUGGAAGAUGCUCUUUGGAAGCUGACAGAACAGUCUGAGGCCGUCCAGAAGGAGUUAGAACAGACCAGGCAGAGAGCAUCGAGGGGCACAGUUGAGGACCAGCACCUGCUGUUGGUGGUGCAGCACCUGGAGCUGGAGCUGGGCCACCUGAAAGCCCAGCUGUCGGAAUGGCAGAACGUGAAGACCGGCUGCGAGCAGGGAGACACACUGCAGGAGAGAGUGGACGCUCGAGUCCGGGAAACCAUCAGGCUGGUGUUUUCCGAGGACUGGCAGGAUGGCUCUCUGCAGUGGCUGCUGCGGAAGCUGUCGUCUCAGUUUGUGAGCAAGGAUGACCUGCAGGCGUUGCUGCGGGACAUAGAGAUGCAGAUUCUGAGCAAUGUCACCCACCACAUCUCUGUGACAAAACAGACCCUGACUUCUGAAACCGUGGCAUCUGCCAUGAGCGAGGCGGGCGUUUCUGGGAUCACAGAAGCGCAAGCACGAGUCAUCGUAGACAACGCUCUGAAGCUAUACUCGCAGGAUAAGACCGGCAUGGUUGACUUUGCUCUGGAGUCUGGGGGGGGCAGCAUCUUGAGCACACGCUGUUCUGAGACCUACGAGACCAAGACCGCACUCAUCAGCCUGUUCGGGAUCCCGCUGUGGUACUUCUCCCAGUCGCCACGCGUGGUCAUCCAGCCUGACAUAUAUCCAGGGAAUUGCUGGGCCUUCAGAGGCUCCCAGGGCUACCUCGUGGUGCGUCUAUCCAUGGCCGUCCGCCCCACCGCCUUCACCCUGGAGCAUAUCCCCAAGACACUGUCGCCCACGGGCAACAUCACCAGCGCGCCCAAGGACUUCACGGUCUACGGCCUAGACAGUGAAUAUCAAGAAGAAGGGCAGCUUCUGGGGCAGUUCACCUACCAAGAAGCAGGAGAGUCCCUGCAGAUGUUCCCUGCGCAGAAGAGACCUGACAAAGCUUUCCAAGUAGUGGAACUCCGGAUCACUUCAAACUGGGGCCAUCCUGAGUACACGUGUCUGUACCGCUUCCGCGUUCACGGGGAGCCGGCGCAGUGAGGCUGCCGCGCUGGGUUGUACAUUUUGUAUAUAUGGACAGCGUGAGACACUGGAGCUCUCGGUGCGUGAGGGCAUGUGGAGUAACAGGAUAACGUCACCCCGAGUCACUGUCACUGACUGCUAGCGGAGAGGCCCUGGCCUGCUUGGGCAUCCCAGGAGACACUGCAUGCUCUGCCUGUCACCAGCCCUGGUGCUGGCGCCCUCUGGAAACACAUUUGAAUGUAUGGUUUGCAAUGUCACUACUUUGUUUCUGGGGAUUGUUUUUAAAGGUAAAGCUCUUUCUUUGUAUUUUCUCCACAUCAGGGACAAAGCAAAUGAAGGUCAAAGGUCUGAAGUGUUGCUGAAGCUUUGCUGGCUAGUCUUCCACUGGUCCUUUUAAAGUACAGUCUACAACACCUGAGUUACCUGGUACCCAAGACAUUUCAUUCAGGGAAAAAGUGUCAUCCAAUUUUAGUUAACCUCCUUUCCUUCAAGAAGGGUUCUUUUCAUUUAGUGGCACCUGUAGUCAUUUUUUAGUCUCCAGGUGUGGUGACUGUUGUGUCUUUCUGCUUAGUUUGCUCCCACUUCUGAUACUUUGCAAGGUAGGACUCUCUGCCCUAACUCAGUGCAGGAAGUGGGGUCUCAGCUGUCCUAGGUCAGAGUGGGUCUGAUUUGAGAGUGUCGGGUCUGGAUCGAAACAGACACGCGAACAGAGUUCUCGGGUCCUCGCCUGCCGGCAUGUCCCGUCCAUUUCUCUGCAGUUCUCACUUCUCAGUGUGAGUAGGAACCAACAAGUGCAGUCUUUGCGAGCUUGUCAGGGCUAGUCUGGGGGUUCGAGGGCAGCAGACACUAAUGUGUCCAGGUCUUCGAGAGGCUUCCACGGUAAUGGUGACGUUGGGUGUGGAGGCUACACUCUAGACUCUCCCUCCCCUUAGGUAGCACUUUGUCCUGGCUGGGGGCAGCCGUGCCACUGCAGCUUCCAGGAGGCUCCUUUUAAUAUCGGAACUAUUUUGCAGUCUGUGUAAAGGAGACACCUUCAGGCACUCAGAAGUGUCACAGGUGUUGUACCUUGAUGAUCAUUCUGUUUUAUUGGGUUCAGACAGGCUUUAAUUUGUUGUUGUUGUGUGUGUGUGUAUUAUAAAUGUUGUAUUUUCAGAAAACGAAGUGGUGAUGGUGCUGGCAGGUUUUCUGGAGAGUUUAUGUAUAUUGCACAACAGUCCUCGGAUGCACAAGUGACAAAGGAUCUCCCUCCUCAGUCAGACUCAUCUAUGCGGUUGUGUGGGAUCGAUUGUGUACAGAUAGUUCAUGUGUUAUGGGGUAACUGUAGGUGACAAAAUUUCCUAUGCAAAACCAAAUUUGGGAGUGGGGUGGAACUAUUUUGAAUAUUAAUUUAUUUUUGAAGAUGCAAGAUAGGACUUUGUGCAAUGUAUUUUUGUAAAUGCUUUUCAAGAUACUUGUCUUUGGUAGUGCUUACUUUUGCUGCCGCCAAACUGAUAAGAUGCUAUCGAAAUGUUUAAAUAAAGAGUUUUAAUUUUUAAA